AUGGGUUUCCGUCUGCCUCGAAUUGUUACUUCUAAGCAAAGUCUUCAGCGAUCUUCAUCAACAGGAAAUGGAGAAUCUCCAAAAGCUGUUGAUGUUCCUAAGGGCUAUUUUACCGUUUAUGUCGGUGAGGAACAAAAGAAGCGUUUUGUCAUCCCACUAUCUUACUUGAACCAGCCUUCUUUUCAAGAUUUGUUGAGUCAAUCAGAGGAAGAAUUUGGAUACAAUCAUCCAAUGGGUGGCAUUACAAUUCCUUGCAGUGAAGACUGUUUCCUCGAUGUAACUGAGAGGGUUGUUAACGAAACAGAAGCAACUGACAUUAUCCACCUACUAGUAAACACUACCAAUGAGAAUCAUGUUAUGGAUGGUAAGCUAGAAAACAGAAUCAUGUGCUAUUCAUUAAUGGCUGUAACUGAUUACCACCAUAUUUCCCCAGCUUUAUCUGAAACUGCGGGGUCCUUUUCAGGAUGUUCAUUGUUGAAUGGUAAUGGACAAUAUGUACGCUAA